AUCAUUGUCUAAUAAACAAAUGCCAGAGGUUCAAAAUAAAAAAGAUAAUACCCGGGAGCUAAAGUAUUUUGACUCAGAAUUGAUUCCUACUGCUUUAAGCAGAGCCGACUCUGAUUUCCUGGCAUAUGUCAAGCAGCUUGUAGAGUGUGAUAACUUGUCAGAAAUUUCUACAUCGUCAGACUCUGGAUCAGAAAGAAGUGAUGUGGAUGAUAUCAUUCAUUUGCCCAGUUCUUAUUUAGAUGACAUAGUUGCUGCAGAACUUGGUGCCAAGAUAGUACGGACUGACAAGGGCACGGAGGUUAUUCUGGAUUUGCCAGAAGACAGAGAGCUGUCUAAAGAAGCUCUGCCUAGCCUGAACUCCACCAUACACGGGUCUCUUUGUAUUGCAAAUAAAAAUUCAACAGUACUUGAUCCUUUUUCAGUUGCUGCACCACCUGAAGGAGCUAUUGUCUUUAUUGACUCAUGUGAUGACACACUGAGGAACAGUGUGGAGGAAAGAACAGAUUUAAGAUCAAUGUCAGCACUUAGCAGUUCAUCAGACACAUCUGCUGAUGACAUGUUAGAUGACAGGAGGGUGAAGAGAGUUUUGGGACAAUGUUCGUCAUCAGUAGUAAGUACAGACUGUAAUAAGAGUACCUGUGAAAGAAUUGAAGUGUCUUCGAAUGGGUUGGGUACAGGAAAGACUCCAGAUUGUGGCUCAAAGCUGCAUAGGAAAAGAGUGUUUUCAAAGAAAAGAGUAAAGAAAGAGACUGCUUCUGUGUCUGAAAUGAAACCACCAGAAGUUACAGGAGAUAAGUGGGAUCUUCGAAGAGCCCGGAAACCGAACACACGUUAUUCAGACAAAAUGUUUGCCUCAUGCCUGGAGGAUGAGGAUCUUAGUCGUGAUGCCUUCUCAGAGGAACGAGACAACAUUAUUCUUGAUGAUGAAUUUCCAACAGAUGUCAUCAAUGAUGUUUCUAAGGGUGUUCCAGAUAGAGCAAACAGUGUGUCUCCCAUUUCUUUAGGAGGAAAUAAGAUUUGUUUUAGAAGAUUGAAAGUUCCUGCCACCAUAACUCAAGCAGAUGAUGGCAAUUCUGACAGGGAAAUUGUAACAGAACCCUUGACUGGAGAUGCAUAUUACAUCAUAAAAGACAACAACAAUAUUGAUAAGGGAAGCUCAGAGGAUGAGAGAGGUUGUGGAGAUGGUUCAAUGCUGAAUCAAGAUCUGAUUCUCCCCACAUUGAGAGACCUCAUGGUUGAGAGUGGAUUCAGGAGACAAGAUGAUAAGUCUGAUAUUUUGCCCUCUUCGGUGAAGGUAGGAAAUUCUGUAGGAGAUUCCUUGCUGGUGACAGGGAAUGAUGUUAGCACUAUUAGAUCUGCCCAUGAGGUUGGGAAGAGACCAGAGAGAAGGCGGCAGAAAUUAGGGAGGAGUCGACGUGUUGGCUUAGGAAGACCACCCCCCAGGAGAUCUUCAGGGCAAGUGUGUGGUGAUGAUGCUGGAAACAGGACACCACCACCUUCCAACGUGGCUGACUUUGUCAUGCCUUUAAGUCCUGAAAGUGAUGUUUCAGCUUCAUCAGGAGAAGCCAAGAAACCUAUGCUUCAUUCUAAAGUUGGUGAUAGUCACACAGAUCCAUCUCCUUCAAAUGCUGAUAAGAAGGAUGGGCAGAUGUCAAACAGCAGAAUUGGUGACACAGAAAUAAAGAGAAAUCUCAGGAGUGGUGGCAUUGGUACUCCUGGUGGUCGUGCUCAACGCUAUAGCAGUGAUGAUCUCUACAAACCUCGGCCACUCUUCAGCCAAUGCUCAAGACGUGUCCGAGGACAUGUGUCUUCUUCUCUCGGCCAAGAAGCUGUCGCAAACUGCACCGGUAAACGCCAUGGCUCAGAUGUCACUGAGACACUUGUGCCAUCAUCCAAGAGAAGAAGAUGAUUACAAGAUUUGGAGGUUCCAUAUUGCAGAACCCUUGUUUUACUGAUGUAGUCAUUAGUGCCCAUUCUCUGUCUUACAGAUAUGUAGAAAUAUAGUACGGAGUGGCUGUGCAUGCAGCUAAUAGAGCUGUGGGGGAGAGUUUGUACGUUCAUGAACUAUAUUCUGUAUUUUUAAAGUUUGCAUCCUGUUGCGUAUAUACAGUCAGCAUAUGCAAAUUCUACAAUCAGCGCAACAAUUUUUAUUAACAUUUAUAGCACUACAUGUUUUGACCCUUAACGGGCCAUCCUCAGGUGCUGCAAGUCUCACACUCAACCAAUGAACUGCAACGCUUACAUUCCCAUUUAUAUACAUAUGAUUCAUAAAAGGUUACUUUCUUUAUAUUUCCAUCAAUUAGACUAGACUAGACUAGACUAAACACCUCCCAACCCCCAUCCACAUUCCUGUUUAAUUCUUGUUUGAAUCAGUGUCUAGUCUAGUCUAGUCUAAUUGAUGAAUUGGAAUAUAUUGCAACAUAUUUGGAGUAGAUACUUCCAUGGUAAUGCAAUAACAGAGGGCUGUUGCAUAGGAAUUGCAGAAUCAACAAACGCGUUUCCCCAGAGAUGGAAGGUUCACUGCAUAGCAACAACCGCAGAUAUAUAAGGGGAUAAUGCAUUCGCCGUUGAAGUCAGUUGAAGUUUAGAAAUCGCUGGAGCAUUAGCAGUCAGUUUCCAGCCUUUGAAGAGAAGAGUUGGGUUUUAGUAGUCACCGAGCAGAUCAGCAGAUGCCUCACCGAGAGGAAUUGUGAUAGUGCUGGAGAAACAUCAAGAGGAUGUGAUAGGUGAUAAUAAUUGUGAUUGUGAGUGUGUUCAGUAAAUAUUCGCUAAAUCUGAGACACACGUGAAGUUAGAAAGUAACCUUUUAUGAACCACUUGUAUAUACAUGGGAACGUGAGCGUUGCAGUUCAGUGGUUGAGUGUGUGAUACUUGCAGCACCUGAGGAUGGCCCAUUAGGGUCGAAACAUGUAGUGGUAUAAAUGUUAAUAAAUAAUUGUUCAUUGACAGUAGAAUUUAUAUGUGUUGAUUAUAUUCUGUAUUAUUUUCAUAUCCACGUCACUCCAGUACUGUGCUCACUAUAGCUGUUGCAGGCUGGACUUUCAUUCUGUGUUCCCUUUACAUCGGGGGACACGUACUAGAGCAGUGGUUUCCGUAUCAGGGCAAGUUAACUGUACUUGCAUCUCUUUGUUGCUGCAUCAGCACUGCAUUGUGCAAAGGGAAAGGAAAGAGCAUUACUGGACCAUGAUGAAAGACUGUUAUAUAUAGUCAACAAAAUGUCUGUCUGUGUGGUUGUGGUUUUUAUAUUUAGUUGUUCCUAUGAUUUGAUACCCACGUGUAUUAAGUUAAUUUGCAGUUAAAGCCACUUACAUAACUGAUAAUUUGUUUCUGUGUUCCUGGAAGCUGCAUCUGGUUUUAAUGCUCUGGACAUUAUCCAUAAAAGUUUUAUAACAGAAAUGCAACAUGUUGGAAGCUGAAGUAAUUUGGGGGACAUAAUCUGUUGAAAAGUCUCACUCACUGCACUACUAAACAUGCAACAUUUCAGACACUUGUACUGCUUCCACCUGCAGAUGAAAGAGAGGGUGUAACCUGGUGUGUUUGUUGGAAGUAUCUAAUUUUGAUCACUGGUCUCCUAAAAAUGGACCCAUCAGAUUAUUCCCCUGCCUCUCCCCUCCCCCUUGCCUGAAGAUAGAAGGAAAACUGGUUUCUGAAAUACUGCAUUUUUUAUGUGGGAUUUGUUGUUCUCAUGACACUGCCCAUGAAAAUGUGUCAUACCAUGUGCUGUGUAGUAAAGCUAUCCCUGUAACAGGCCAUGGAGGCCCCUGUUCCCCUUCCCCUCCCACUGAUCUGAUUGACCACCCGAUUUGUAACCUGCCUGUAUAACCUAACUGCAUCCUCAACAGAGUCACUUCAACUCAGAAGAUGGAGGCAGUGCACUUCUGUGAAACACUGGUGUAAGAAGAGUAGAUGAUGUCUCAGUACAGAAGACCACAAUCACCACAGUAAGAAGUCUGCAGAAAAAUAAAAUAUAUCUGUAGGACUGGAAAUCUCUGCCAUAGGAAAAUGAACAUUGUGAGAUCUGCUUGAAAUGUGUUGUUUACUAAGUAUAGUGUUUUGGCUUUCAUCCAGCAUUAUUUCACAGUAGUAUGCCAGUGGUUUAAGUGAUAGAAUCUUUUGUCAUUAACUUGCAGUUCUGUAGUAUCAUAUUACUCCUUACUGGUAGGCUAAUGAAACUUUCCACAUCUUCUAGCAUUAUUUUAUAUGGGUCACUGAACAUGAAGGCUACAGUUUCUUAUUUUCACAAUCUUUCCUUUUUGGUGUCAAGUAGGGUACUGCCUGUCAGAGUGACAGUGCCACCGUGUAAGAUGUGAAGGCCCAACAAAAGCCCUGAAAGUAGUGGCUAACAAGAAUGAAAUUCAUCAAAUGAUAUCACAUCCUGUCAGGUGGUUUUAAAUACAUUUGAGAAUGACUCUGAGCAUGAGGUAUUCCAUUAUGUAUAUACAAAGCCUAAAUAGAAAUAGCUGGGAUUGUAUGUAUGAUGAAUGUAAAUAAUUAUUAAAGGAUUAUGAACCUCACUGAUUAAUCAUUGAAAUCCUACUUAAAAUGAAGCUGGCAUUUGGUUGUUACAGGGAUGUGUUUGUCUAGGAUUCACCAGACUUUUGGACAGUAAGUUGCUUACCAGCGGAUGUCAUAAUUAACAUUUUUGAUAAAUUCUUUCACUCCAUUAUUAUAUCUUAUUGCUAAUAAUGUGCACUAUUUAUAAAACAACUGUGAGAGUAUAGAGGGUUUUGACAAGUUAGUUAACAAUGCAGGAAAUCUGCAGGUUAUGGAAUGUUGAUUAGGUUCCUAAACUAGCAAACUGUAAUAUUUUUGACCUGUAAUUAAGUUAAAAUAAUAAUAGCAGUACAGUACAAGCUUGGUAAUCUGACAUAUAUGGGACCAAGGUACCGCCAGAUUACCGAAAAUGAUUACUUGGAAAAAGUGUAUUUAGCAUGUCCAACACCGUACUAUUUAGAAAAAUUAACAAGUUUUUCACCUUUAUCAAGUUUCAUAAUUGUAUCCACCUUAGUCAGUUUGUCACAACUGGACAUCUUCAGCACACAUUAAAUCCACUGCUGUAUGAAAAGUACUGUACAGGAAUGUAUAGUAUUGAACUGAAACACUGUGCACUAAUGAUGGUCUAAACAAAUCAGUCUGUCAAGCUCGACUGAACACAGGUCAGCCUCUGCUGCAUGUAGAAACCUAAACAAGGUCACAGACCCCUGUGUGGCACCUUAUGCUGGAUUACUGGACGUGUCGGACUAGUGCACAGCUGGAUUACUGAGAUUGUACUAUAGUGCUAUAAUGCCCGUAAUGAAACAGACUAAUUGAAAAUACUUCCAGCUGACUACUGACAUUGUCUUCCAUAUUGGAAGAAGUCUUUCAUGAGAGAGGGAUUUAACCCUUUUCUGUGAUGCAGAUAUACUUUUUGACAAUUUACAUAGGUUAGGCUUGGUUAGGUUAUGUUAGAUUACAGAUAUACAUCGUGACAACUUAUUCAAAAUUAUGGGCCUAAGAGAAAUCUAUUAAUUGAGUUAAUAUUAACAGAAACUUGUUAUAGUAGUUCAUAUGGCCCUUUAUAGUUUGAACGUUUUGCACAUACAAUGUAUUUUUCUCACAGUAAGUAUUGAUUAUUUCCCAAAACAUGAUUAACAAGUUUGUCUGUAAUGGAGACAGUGAGUUUCCUGUGAGGUACAACAUAUAUUUUUAAAUAUAAUGCAGGAUGAACUUGUCUUCAAAGGCAUAAUCAGAAGUGGCAGGACACUUAUGGGAAGUUCUGUGGUUUGUGUGUACAGAUGUUGUUGAGACUUUUGUAACUCAAAAACUUCCUAUAGUAUCAUCAGUUAUCUUGAAAACAUUUUGUCAUUCAUUGUAAUACUGCAGAUAUUCAUGUUGAUGUAGAUAUCAUCAUCAUCACCACCACUCUUCACAUGGGGGGGGAGGCUUGCAUUUUUGCUGUUAUGGUGCAGUUGAAAUAAUAUGCAAAGGUAUUGAGUUUCCCAUUGCAGGUGUAUGAUGAUGCAGUUGGCAUGUUGUGAUUUUAGAAGAAAUUUCAGAUAAACUGAAAGACAAAUUGAUAUCCUGCACUUCAGGUACUAGGUAAUGUAAUUUAAUUGUUCAGAGCUACAAAUGAAAACUUCAGUUAAGAUCAGCUGAAAUUUAUUGGUUUAUUUAAUUACAUAUCUUUUUUAAAUGUUGCAUUAUGAACUCAUAUGUUUGAAAUGUGAAAAUAAACUGGCUGUAAAUAUUUAUAGAAUCAUGAUACUGAAUCUCUAGACCUCAUUCAUUGGUAUUCUGAAUAGAACAUUUCAGAAAUUAACCAUUUCCAUUGUCGGGCGAAAAGAAUGGAACUAGAUCUUGUUCUGAAACAUUCUGUUUGGAAUACUAAGACAGUGAACAAUGUCUAGAAACUCAGUAAACCUAAUUGUAAUAUACCAUCAUUAUAACUUUUAGAAUUAAUAUAAUCAGCAUUAAAACUGGUUGGUAGAGAAAAAAACAGAAUUAUCAGGAAUAACAUCCUCUUUUAGUGAAGAGAGAGAUCACUGGUAAACAGAACCUGUGCAUAUACUAAUGCAACUUUGGAGAAACAGCUGUGAAAAGUUGAUUACCAAUAUUUCAACAUUACUUCUGCCAUAAACUGUAAUUAUUCAGUUACUUUUUAUCAAAGUAUGAAACAUAACCAGAUGGGAAUAAAUUGUAUAAUCAUUCAAUAAAAUUUCUUGUUGUGGUAAACAAAAAUAACUAGGAAAACAAACAAGUGAGAAAAGUGUAGAUAAUAUACUGAUGUGGACCUACUUGCAGUUUUAAAUUAAAUUUUUCAUAUAAUCACCUUUUUGGGGUCAGUAACAUAUUUGUGUCUGUUCCAAAGACUACAGGAUUACCAACCACUGUUGUACAGAAGUGGAAAAUAACAGCUGAUUAUUUAGCACACAGACAUACAGAAAUCUGCAUUGUUUAUAUCAAGGUGUUAGUACAGUGGUGCAGUGCUUAUUGUAGUGUGAUAAGAGAUUACAUGUAAGCCAAAGAUUUCUUGCAGCUUCAGCCAUAAUUGCAAAUUUUAAAAAUAAUUAAAUAUGUAAGAAUUGUAUCUAAGUUAUUUUCUUUGCCAUUUUUAGUCUUGAAACGUUUAGCAAUGUUUUAUGUAUUGGAGGAAAUGAAACCAGGACAUAGAUGUGCAUAAUUAACACAUUUACUGCUUACAUAUUCACAUGGCUUAUUUUUCUAUCCCAUGUAACAGUUUUUGACCACUGAAUGCUUAAGACAGUUACUGCCAUGCUGUGUGAAAUUUUACCAGCUGGACUAACCAGUUCCAAUGAAAACAGUUUGAAACAGAAAUAGAAGUGAAGUGGAAAACAGUCUAGAGUCACUAUAUGUUUCAUUUCCUUUGUGCUUCAGCAAGCCACACUUGAAGAGUUUCUCUGUAUCUGAGUCACAUCUAUAGAAGAAAAUAUCAGUUACAUAUACAGUGGUAACAGCCUGUCAUUUGACAGGAUCAGCACUGGCACACAGUAACUUACAAUUCUUUGCAAUGAAUGUGUUAAAUGUAAUUGCUAAAAUUUAAGAAACUCCAUGUACAAAUAUGCAUUUGUAAGUAGCUUGUUUUGUCUGUCGCUCCAACAAAUAUUGUAAAUAGUGAUGCAGUGUCCAUGGACAGACUGAGACACCUUGUCAUAGUAUUGAUAUAGAGUGAUCAGAAGGUGUACAAACCCUUCUUCAAGGCUUUGUAAAUAGAUACAUAGAGAUCAUGUUGUAACAUUUUUUAAUCUGUUCGUAUUGUUUUUAUAACUUAUAAUCUCUUUAAAUGUAAGUUUGCUUUAAAUAUGUCAGUAAAUCUGAAGAACUUAGAAAA